GAUGACGUCACGGCCGCUAGCUGGAGGGAAGGAGGGAGACCAGAAAGACGCCGCUUUUGUUUCUCCGCGUUAUCCCGGCUUAUCCCGGCGGCAUUAAGUCUUUCUGAAACAAGGAUGUAUCCUGCAGGGAUGUGGCCCGAGGUGUUCCCUGAGCCCCCCACCCAGCCCGGGGCACUCUACCUGGUGCCCGUCUACUCGUACUGCCAGACGUCCUGUGUCUCCUCGCAGAACUUCUUCCUUCAGUCUCCGCCCAGCGACGCUCAGGCUUCGGAGGGGCCGCUAGAGAACUCUGGACAAGUAGGUUCUGAUCAGACCAUCUGCGGUUCGUGUGGCUAUGCGUUAAGCCAGCACGAACAAUCAGCUCACCAAGUUUAUCACGGUGGCAUGAUGUAUUCAAUAUGCCCCACGACACACAGUACAUCUCCCAGCUCGCAAGACGCAACGCACCUUGACCAGAACGGCUGUUCUCUCAGCGACAUAUCAGACGACAGGAUCGCGUCUGCUCUUCAGGGCAGCGUGCAGGAUUCCAAUAGCACUGAUGACACCUUCCAGGGACAAAACGACGUGUCUCGCUCUGGGGAAGGCAGCCUCUCUUCCACGGCCACUAGCAGCUCGGCUCCCGCCGCCGAUGCCAUCCCCAUUACUGCAAAUGCCAUUCCCACCGUCACCGUCUCCAAGGCCCCGGUCGCCGCUUCUCCUCCCGAAAUGGGCCCCGCCACCUCCUCCGACGCCUCCGAUGACAGGUCCGUCGAGACAGACACUCUCUCGCCACAGGGCUGUGGGGACAAUUCCGGUUUCGGGGUUUAUGGGUCGGACGGCUGUUGGUAUCCCAUCAAGAGGCCACAGAAAAGCAACGGCAGUCAAGGAUUCAAUCCCGCUUCCAUUAUAGAAGCCCUGCCGACGCUCCCAGUGGAACACCGAAGUAGCCAUUUCGCUAAAUACGCCGACCCGUUCAUGAGGCCGCCUCCUCCCCCAGGCUACCGCGGGAAACUCCGGAUGCUGCCGCCACCACGCAGACGUAUGCCCUUGUACAAUCAUUUUCAUCGCCUGGACCUUCCAACCGAGACCUUAGGGCGGCCUAUGUUCCUGCAGUCUCGUCGCACCAAAGACCAACCAUGUGUCGAGGACUUGUGGUCAGAGCACAAGAAGCUCUUAUUCCGACAUCUCCCAGACGAAUGGCUGUUGAGGGCCGUCCAUCACGUCUUCAAGAAGCUCAGCGGCUGGACCACGUUCAGCGACUACGCCAAAGUCAGGUUCUACUGCAGGGAAUGCCAGGACGGCUGGACCAGUAUGCACGGCAUGGUGACGUUUUCGUACCAGUGGGACAGGAUCAUGAGGCUCGGCGAAAUCGUCUACCAAAUUUCCGGUCAGAAAUGCGCCUCCUGCAGUCCGGGUCGAUUUGAGUACCCGCUGUGGUAUCCCGAAGAAGCUCAGAAGGUCAUCACUAAUCUGUACUACAAGAUCGCCGCCGACGUCUACGGGCUGCAAACCCCGAAGUACAUCCGCACGAGGCGCCCAGGAACCCCCGUGACUCGCCACAACAUGAAUCUGUGCCAAGGAUGCUCGCUGGGGAGUUGCCGAACUGCGCCUGUGGACAACGCCAUGUAGCUUUGUUAAAGUACGUUUUCGCAGCUGAACUUCCCAAGAAACGGUGCGGUGGAACGCUUAAAAAGGAAGAUUUGUAAUCAGUAUGACUAUGAUUUAGUUAUUAUUUAUAUAUUUUUUGUUUUAUCAUUUUAUUAACAAAACAGAUCAUGUCUGGUUCUUGGUAUUAAUUUAGGACAUGCUGAAAGCGCGACCAGAUGCUUCUUUUUUUUACAGUGGUUUAUUCUGUUUUGACGAAAAUCAGAUCUUAGGCUAAUUGUGUUAUGUAUAUUUGGUUUAUAAAAUGACACGGUUUUGUUUGGAAAAUACAGGAUAUUAUUUGAUUUAUCUGUGAUGUUAAAAGUCGAAGUUAAGCAACUUUUCUGACAAUGCUUAAGUGAUAACUUUUUAACGAAGCAGGACUACUGCUUACAUCGUUAUUUAUAUUCUGAUUAGUUUCACAUUAGUUUGACUCGUCCAUACAAUAUAUGGACACAAUAUAAAUGCAAUAAAUUACAUAUAAUGUCUUUGCUCAUGAAGGCUUUCCAUAUAGUUUUGGAAGAUAUGAAAUUUUAUAGUAGCAUAGUGUUCUGGGAAUGCACUGUAGAAGUCGCUGACAUGUUAAUGUUUUUCAUCACACCACGCGCUUUGCAUUCAUUUAGCCUGCUUUCAGGUUGGGUUAACAGAGCCUGGAAUUGUAACGCACAUUUUUCUGAUUCCGUAGUCAGCACUUUUUCUGAAUUAGAUAUUGUUUAAAUACAACAAGUUAUACUUUUCCGAUGGAAAAUGUCCUUUGAAUCUUUGUUUUUGAGAAAGAAUGGAUUUUGGCUAUUGUUCUGCAUGAGAAUAUGAAAAUUUAUUAUAUAUUUUGAUAAGGAAAUAUUACGAAUGAGAUUUAUAAUAUAUACAUGAAAUGUCCCUAUUAUUAUGUUAGUGUAUUUCCUUUGUAAAAAUAUUAAAGUUAUUCUGGAUUGAUAA